CACGAGCGAAACCGAACCAAAUAGUAUGUGAGCAACUCAUUUCCUGCGUUGAUGCAUGCGAUCGGUGCGCAACUUACUGAGUUCAAACCAUCAGUAACAAACGCCGUAAAAACCGCUGUCGCGGCAAGGGUCGAUUGUUCUUAAAAAGGAAAAAGUGGUCCGAGAGGUGAGUGAACAUGGAGACGUUCCGACGCACUUUUAAAACUACGUCCUAUCCAGCUCGAAAUAUGCUAUCAAACAGUAGCUCCGCACUUUUUCGACGCUCACGCCGAGCUGGCAUUGAUGGUGCUGACUGUGGCGUCGUUCCUAGUGAGGACGAAGAAAAUCAGUUUCAUUCAUCACGGAAGGAAGGGAAUGCCCAAUGUCCACGAAAGCCUUCCUACACAAUCCUCUGGAACUGGCGGUGGCGAGUCAGCGCGAAACGACGAGUCGCCAGGAUCAUUACAGUGGUCUGCGUUUUCAUUCUACAGCUCUGCUUUCUAAUUAUCGCUGAACGGCGUGUGGUGGUUUUUGGAACGCUCGAUCUAUCGCCUGUCGUAUAUCACGUCGCACGUCGCACGGGACUUUGCGUGUGGCAGCACGAGUUUGCCUUCCUACCAGCGCCGUCACUUGUGUCCUCGUGCAAAUGCAAGUUCGAUUUUUGUACCGUAACGCACGAGGGUGGCGAAGGGACGCUGUAUCGGGGCAAGUGCUGCAAUUCCAGCGACGGUACAGGUGAUCCGGGAGAAAUGCAACGCUCAGUCUUGUUCAAGUCCACCAAGAUAUCGAAUCGACGGUCAGCCUGGACCGAAGCAGAUGCAACCCGUACCUUUACAGCAACAAACAAAUCAGACUUGCUGCUUUUAGAUUCUGGCCUGAAUUACCUUAUUCUGACCGAGUUGGCCGAGUAUGAGUUCCUGAAUGUACGCAAACUCAUGAAUGCUAGACAAAUGGACUUUUCCACGGUCUUGGUGCUGCUUCUUAAGCAGGUGGGGGCGCAACUAGUAGAAUUGCAUCGAGCUGGCUAUCUUCACUUGGAUGUAUCCAGACUAAACAUUCUCCAGCACAGCUAUGACCAGUCGCAGGCAGCCGCUACCAAAACCACCUUCCAAUUGAUCGACCUCAGUGGCGCUCAACCCAUGCACCAAUGGCGUCGUAUUAUCCACGGCAUGUACUACGAUAUGAAGCGCUUUCACCUUCCAAAAUUGCCCGAUUUGGCCUGUCUCGUGGCGGAUGAUCCCGAUGCCCGUGACUUUUCGGCGCAACAAGAAUACUGUCGUGUUCGCAGAAUAGAAGGUAGUUCAGCGCGCCUGUGUCCCGGUCUCGUGGACUUGUAUCCCCUCGGUAUAUUAGGGCUUGACUUAGUGCUUCGUUUCCUGGGAGAGGAGAGCAUUGCAAAGAGACCAACAACUUCUUUUCCAUUGAGUAACAACACAACUCAAGGAUUCGCUUGGAUCGUAGAACAAAGGCAAGCACACGUUGCGGCUUGGCACCGGUUGGACCAACGGCUAGUCCAGCCACCAAUGGGCUCCUACCGGAAGGCACUGCGACUGAUUGGAGACGUGAUGUUAAUUUCUGCUCCCACCAAUGAAACCGCUAAUGAAUUUGCUGCGUCUUUGUGUGCCUUUUCUACAAUGUCCGGGUAG